UUCAAGCUAAUUGAUUCAUGCUGCAGAGGCUGGUGACGAGGCAGGUGUGGUGCGGCUGGUCGGUCAGCUGCCUGCAGUGCACUGCCGAGCCCUGCGGGCGCUGAUGGCCCACCUCUGCCGUAUCUGCCGGCUGGCCCACAGCCGGGGCCGGUGUGAGCGUCCCCUGCGGCUGGCACAUAGCUUGGCCUUUGUGGUUGUGCGACCACCCUGGGAGCAAGUGGUGGCCAUGGCGCGCAAUGCACGGUGGCAUGGACGUGUACUUGAGAUACUACUGCUGCGUGGGGACUGGGGAGAGCCUUUGCCUGUCUUCCAGAAUGGUCGCACGCCUGCGCUGCCACCUCGGCGGCCAUCAAGGUCCAGCCAGCAGCCACCAGUGGACCGGAGCCUCCUGGAAGCCUCCUGGUAUUGGGGUGACAUAUCCAGGGAGGAGUGCUCCGAAAAGCUCAAGGAUGCCGCUGACGGCACAUUUCUGGUUCGGGAUGCACUGGAUCGGGGUGUUCUGCUCAAAACUACGCUGCACCCGCACCUGAAUUUACUGGUGAGAACUCAAGUUAUGAUUCCAAAGAUGACGGUAAAGCAGAUUCAAGCUCUGACGGCGACGUUUUGAGUCGGCAUGGGACAUCCGCAGCUGUUCACCGGCGAGUUUCCUUAACGGCCUUGAAUGGUCUCCUUCCUCGUGCACGCUUAUCUGCCUAUCUUUUUUUCAUCACCUGAGAGCUCUACUGAUUAUCUUCAACGUGUAUAUUUCGCUUGGUUAUGAUGUGCUGCUAUCGGCAGCAAAGAAACUUCCGUUCACGCCAAGAAAGCCGUCCAUAGCACAUCUCGGCCCAGCACUACGGAUCGG